AUGUCUACCACCGACACCAACGAUGAGCUAUCCGUGGCUCACCACCCCUUCCGCACCACUUACCCACCAGGCCAGUUCACCCCCGCCGGCCUCCCACCCUACCCACCACCUCCAAACAAGCACACCACCGGCUUCAAACUAAACCACAUGAUGAUGCGGAUCCGUGACCCCCAGGACUCACUGCACUUCUACGUCACCCUCAUGGGGAUGCGCAGCGUCUUCACCAUGAACACGGGACCUUACACCAUUUACUAUCUUGGCUACCCGUCCGAGAGCUCAAGACAGGACGGGAAGAGCAUGAUGUCACACACGUUGGGUCUGCUGGAGCUCUACCACGUGCACGGCUCCGAGCGCCAGCCUAAAGGCUACUACAACUCCGGCAACGACCCAGCUCGGGGCUUGGGAUUCUCGCAUUUGGGCUUCACGGUGCCAGACGUGCGCUCGACGCUAAAGUACCUCCGUGCGAACAACGUGGAGGUCAUCAAGGACGUAGGACCAGGGACUAGUACGAGGCGUACGGUACCGAUUUCGGAGGCGGAGGAGAAGUUGGGUGUUGGGGUGGGUGACUAUGAGGGAGAGGUUGUGGAGGAGAGAGGGAAGAUAGUGGAGUUGAGGGAGGAGUAUACAAAGGUAUUUGAUGAGAUUGCGUUUGUGAGCGAUCCGGAUGGGUAUACGGUUGAGUUGGUGCCACAGGGGGUUGAUCCGUUGGCGUAG